AUGACGGGGAACGAGAAGGAAAAGGAUGGAAAGGAUUUCCAGGUCCACACGCGCCAGCGAGUUGCCUACGGAGCCCUGGACUUUGCCAAGACUCCUGUGCAGCUGCUGAUCAGUGUGCACCUCCUCACUUUCUACCAGCAGGCCGGGGCCUCCUUGGGAGCGAUCGCCUUCUUCACCUCAACCGCCCGCUGCUUCGACGUUUUGUCGGAUCCGUUGAUGGCGCAGAUCUCGGACGGCUUUUCCUCAAGGUUCGGUCGCCGAAGGCCGUUCGUUUUCGCCGGCUGCCUUUUCUACGGCGGCUGCCUCCUUGCACUCUGCACACCGCCGGAGUCGCUCUCGGGGGCCAGCACCGGCGUUUGGUUCGGGUGCUUCUACAUCCUCUUUUUUUUGACAGAUACGCUUAUGUCAAUCCCUCACAAUGCGCUCGGGCAGGAGAUCACUUCAGACACCGAUCAGAGGCGCUUGGUUUUCAUGGUGGCCAAGAUUUUCCAGGCUCUUGGCAUGAUCGCGGCGGCGGCUUUACCAGUGCUCUUGGGAACUAUUCUCAGCGCAGACUGCAAGCUGCCCGCCGAGUGUCAUGGGACCGCUGCAGAGGGUCACUGUGCAGCGCUGGAGCGGAGAU